GUGUGGUUUGUAGCAUUUGCAUCACCAGCGCUCGUUGCUCCAGUUUGUCCGAAUGGCUUCUACUGAGCCCUUUUCAGUAGUAAUAGUCGGCGGAGGCCUUGUUGGGUCAUUGGCUGCCGUAUUCUGUGCUAAACGUGGGUGGAAGGUUGAUUUGUACGAGUUGCGAAAAGAUCCCCGAGAAGAUGCUUCACAGUCUGGUCGAUCUAUUAAUUUGGCGUUGUCAGUCCGUGGAAUAUCCGCGUUGAGGGCUGCCGGUGUAGAAGAGAAAAUACUGAACAAUAUGAUACCAAUGAAAGGAAGAAUGAUUCAUACAAGAGACGGAAAACUGUCUUCGCAGCCGUAUGGGAUUUUUGGAGAGUGCAUCAAUUCCGUGGAUCGCAUGCUGAUGAACAAACACUUGCUGGAUUCUGUGGAAACACUGCCUAAUGUCAAGUUGCAUUUCGAGCAUGAUUUGAAGCAGUGUGAUUUUGAUGCGCGCAAGGCAGUAUUUGCCCGAAAGGAUGGAUCAUCCAUUACGGUCCAUGCGGACUUGAUUAUAGGAGCCGAUGGCGCUCACUCACGAACACGACAGCAGCUUAUGCGCAGAACUCGUGUAAACUUUUCCCAGAGCUACAUUGACCACGGAUAUGUCGAGUUGACCAUUCCUCCAACCCAAGAUGGCGAUUAUGCGAUGGAUGCCCAUCACCUUCACAUAUGGCCUCGACAAACAUUCAUGAUGAUUGCCCUGCCGAACCUCGACAAGUCGUUCACUGUCACGUUAUUCAUGCCGUGGUCUAAAUUCGAAGCCAUAAAGACGGAGGAGGACCUAGUGACGUUCUUUGAAGAGACGUUCCCGGAUUCAGUGCCGCUGAUGGGUCAGAAGUUACUGGUCCAGGAGUACUUUAAGAAUUCCAAAGGUAGCCUAAUUCAGAUUAAGGCGCGACCCUACCAUUUCCGGGACCGCGUGGUUGUGAUAGGGGAUGCAGCACACGCCAUGGUACCUUUCUACGGACAAGGAAUGAACUGUGGAAUGGAGGACUGUAUCGUGCUUGAAUCGAUUUUAACGAAACAUUGUGGAUUGCCUUCCUCCGGUCGACGUCCUAGCGCAGACACGCUGGCAGCCGCUUUGGAAGAGUAUACAAACACACGUAACCCAGAUGUGGAGGCCAUGUGUGACCUGGCAAUGUACAAUUACAUUGAGAUGCGAUCGUCCGUAACCAAGGCAGGAUACAUCUUCCGUAAGACUGUUGAAGGCUGGCUACAUAGGCUGAUGCCUACCGUCGUGAUUCCCUUGUAUACCAUGGUCUCCUUUACGCGUAUCCCAUACGCGGAAGCAAUGCGCCGUUGGGAAAGGCAGAGCAAGUGGUUCGAUCUUGCGCGGUGGAUAGGGGAAUUGGUGGCUAUAUCGACUGUGGUGGGGGCUGGAUUGUACUGGGGAGCUCGGUGGAGGGGGGUCCGUGAGUUACUCUGGCGACAAAAUUAAUAUUAUCUAAAAUAAAUAGUUUACCAUUGAAGAUAACUUACUGUACGUAGGUCGACGUGGCAUUUUGGCUGCGUGAAACAGCACUGGUAGCACUGGUGAACAAUAACGUAUUCCAAGGUUGGCGUUCUUGUUCUAG